AUGCCGCCGGGCUGCCCCAUCACCGCCCUCACGCUGCUGCACUCCUGCACGCUCAGCCCCUCCGCCUUGGAUGCGGUCCGUCGCUUCCAGCCGUGGAGCAGCGCCGGCGGCCCGGCACCCGCCGACGGCGACCUGGUGGACAUCCGGGAGCACAACCCGGUGCAGCCGAUAGGGCCGCCGGCGUCGAGCUCCACGACGUACUCCUUGUGCGGUCUCGGGCGCCUGGAGGACGCCUUCGCGCCGCUGCCGCUGUCGGUGCAACUGCCCCUGCCGCUGCCCGCCGCCAGCGCCCCGCGGCGGCCGCGCAGCGAGAAGAAACCCACCCCCGAGGACCAGAAGGACCAGCGCUACCUGGAGCGCCGCCGCAGGAACAACCGCGCCGCCAAGAAGUCGCGGGACGCGCGACGCGCCAGGGAGGACCAGGUGGCGCUGCGGGCCGCGCUGCUGGAGCACGAGAACGCCGUGCUGCGGGCGCAGGUCAUGACGCUGCGCGAGGAGACGCAUUCGCUGCGCCAGCUGCUGCUGCACAGCCACGGCCACGGGGGCCACGGGCUCGCCAAGGGACCGCCGGCGCCGCUACAGCACCGCAGGGACGCCGUCGCGGCGACCGCCAGCGCCGAGGCCCUCAUGCGCAGGAUCUAG